GCGAGAUGAAAUCUCCAAUGAGAGCAACGGCUUCCCUGACAUCAUAAAAGUUGCAACAACCCUAAAGUUUCUUGCUCAGGGUGCGUAUCAGCAUUUAAUUGGCCAAGACCAUCGCGCGGGGCUAGCACAGCAAACCGUUUCCAGUUGCCUUUGGGAAGUUUGCAGUGCAAUUGAAAAGGUAUUGUGUCCAAAACAUAUCGUUUUUUCGAUGAGCAGUGAAGAGAAACAUGCGGAAUUCCGGGUGUGGUAGGAGCAGUGGAUGGAACGCACAUCCAAAUGAUAAGGUCAUCAAAUGACGAGCAUUUAUUUUUUAACCGAAAGCUUAAGCACAUCAUAAAUGCAAUGGUGAUAUGUGAUCACAAAAUGCAAAUUAGAGCCGUGAAUGGUAGAUUUGGCGGUGCAUCGCAUGAUACGCACAUAUGGAACUUGUCCGGUGAGCGCGAAUAUUUAAAAACUGCCUAUGAAAACGGUGACUCUGGCCAACGAAUUCUUGGCGACUCGGGAUAUCCGUUGGAGCCAUGGCUCCUUACUCCGUACAGGAAUUCUACGGAGGACUCAGACGAACAUUUUUUGAAUCAAAAACAUUCAAAGGGAAGGUCGUUAAUUGAGAGAGUUUUUGGCGUUUUGAAAGGCCGAUUUCGUUGCCUUCUAGCUUCAAGGGAGUUGCACUAUGCUCCAGAAAAGGUUGUGCAAAUACUAAAUGUUUGUUGUGCUCUGCAUAAUAUAUGUAUAAUGUUCAAAGUUCAUCCUCCCAGUUUAGAAAUCGAACCGGAACAAGUGAACAUGGUAAAUAUAGAAAAUGUAGAAAAUGUGAGUUUUGGAAAUAUAGCUAGACGUGUAAGAGACCAAAUAAAAAAUGAUAUGAUUGCCACUCGAACUUCUGUAUGA